GCAGGCUGAGCUUCCAGUCGAGUUUACAAGGAGAGAAAUAUGUGCUCCACUCGGUGAGGACGGACUUUACGGAAGCGCGGUCCGACAGAGGAGACACUCAGACUGUCAGCUCGUGUUUUAACGAACAGAUUUAAGGACCGAAACGUCAGCGGGAGACAUUUUGGCUCUGACCGUUAGCUAACUGGGAGAAGCCGCGGGGACCGAGGGUCAGCAGAUGGGGCAGGAAUGGCUCGGCCGAGGAAGAAAAGCAGUCCGGGGUGUUUAGCAUGAGGCUCUGCGGGGGGAGGCGGCCGGAAGACAACCAUAAAAACUACAAUAAUACUAAUAAUAACAAGAAGAAGAAGAAGGAGAGUCUGUGUGAGAGCUGCCCGGAGACAUUUAUUUACUCCAGCAGAAGAAGAAGAAGAUGAAGAUGAAGAUGAAGGGAGGCAGAGAGGAGCUGCUGGAGGUCUGCUGUCUGCUCCUGCUGCUGCUGAGCGGACACUCUCACUGCAGAGACUCUCAGCAGACAGAACACCUCUCUUCCUAUCAGCUGACUGUCCCUCGACCAAUAGGAGGCAGGCUGAGGCGGGACGUGGACGGAAGACCCCCCAAUCAGGUGUCUUACGUCAUCAGUGUGGAUGGAAACGACCAUGUUGUUCAUCUGGAGAGAAAUGAACUGCUGCUUCCUGCAGACUUCACCGUGUUCUCCUACAGUCACAACGGGUCACUCAUCACAUCCAGACCACCUGUGCAGAACCACUGUCACUACCAGGGCUUCGUUCAGGACAUGCAGGGUUCAUCUGUGGCUUUGAGCAUCUGCAACGGCCUCAGAGGAGUGUUGCAUCUCACCGACGACAGUUACGGCAUCGAGCCGCUAGACUCCGCCCCCGACCGGCACCUGGUUUACCGCCUGCAGGAUGUGAUGUCGCAGCCGCGGGGAUGUGGAACGCCGCACGACCACAACAACGCCACGGAGCGCGCUCAGCGCGAACCGGAGGAAAUCCCCCACAGACGGCACAGCAGGAUGAAGCGAGCGAUUCUCCAUCAGACUCACUACGUGGAGCUGCUGCUGGUGGUCGACCACGAGAGGUACAACUACAUGAACAGGAACGAGACGGCGGUGAGGGAGGAGAUGGUUCAUCUCGCCAACUUGGUCGACAGCAUCUACAUACAGCUGAAUGUUCGGGUGGUCCUGGUGGGGCUGGAGAUCUGGUCUCAGCAGAACCUGAUCAGCACCGAAGGAGGAGCCGGAGAGGUGCUGAGUCGCUUCACCCAGUGGAGAGAGAAAGAGCUGGUGUCCCGCCGCCGCCACGACUCGGCGCAGCUCAUCCUGAAGAAGAGUUUUGGGGCAACAGCUGGGAUGGCCUUCGUCUCCACGGUCUGCUCCAGGAGCCACGGGGGCGGGAUCAACGCGUUCAACAACAACAACCUUCCCUCGUUCGCCUCCAUCGUGGCUCAUGAGCUCGGUCACAACCUCGGGAUGAACCACGACGACGGGCGCUCCUGCACCUGCCCCACCCCCGCCUGCAUCAUGAACUCAGGGGCCACAGGAUCCAGAAACUUCAGCAGCUGCAGUGCCGAUGACUUUGAGAAGAUGAUCCUGCUGACGGGGGGAACGUGUCUCCUGAACGUCCCGCGGCCUGACGAGGCCUACAGCGCCCCCUACUGUGGGAACCGGCUGGUGGACGUGGGAGAGGAGUGCGACUGCGGAUCACAGAAGGAGUGUGAGGAGGACCCCUGCUGUGAGUAUCAGACCUGUAAACUGAAGUCUGGAGCGCAGUGUGCGUACGGAGAGUGCUGCUCCAAAUGUCAGUACCAACCAGGUGGGACGGUGUGUCGGUCCAGUACAGACGAGUGCGAUCUGCCUGAGUACUGUAACGGCUCCUCGCCGCUCUGUCAGAGCGACGUCUUCGUCCAGAACGGGCAGCCCUGCAGGAACCAGCGGGCCUACUGUUAUAACGGGAAGUGCCAGCACUACGACGGGCAGUGUCAGGCCAUAUUCGGACCCAAGGCGAAGGCGGCUCCUGAAAUCUGUUUCAAAGACGUCAACAGUAAAGGAGAUCGCUUCGGCAACUGUGGUUACCACAACUUUGGCUACAAGAAGUGUGAGAGCAGAAACGCCAUGUGCGGGAAGCUGCAGUGCUCUAACGUCCAGGCGGUGACGGUGUUCGGCAUCGAGCCGUCGAUCAUCAGCACGCCGAUCACCGGAGGCAAAUGUUACGGAGUCGACUUCAUGUUGGGAUCAGACGUCCCCGAUCCAGGGAUGGUGAACGAAGGGACCAAGUGUGGAGACAACAAGGUCUGUUUGAACUAUGAGUGUCGCAGCGCUGACAUCCUGAACUACGACUGUGACGUGGAGAAGAAAUGUCACGGACACGGGGUGUGUAACAGUAACAAGAACUGUCACUGUGACGACGGCUGGGCUGCACCUUUCUGUGAGGUCAAAGGUUACGGGGGCAGCGUGGACAGCGGACCCACCUGGAACGAUAAGGACACGUCUCUCAGAGACGGCCUGCUGGUCUUCUUCUUCCUCGUUCUUCCUCUGCUCGCUCUGGGUGCGUUUGUUUUCCUGCGCAGGAACGAGCUGCUGCGGCGGUUCGGGCUGAGCCGCAGGAAGAGGUCGCAGGGAUACCAGGCUGACGGCGCAGCUUCAGCCAAUCCCAGCAGAGGACCGACUCCCAGAGCGCAUCCUCCCCCCCGGAGCAACGGCAACAACAUCGUCAGAGACGGGCACCACGCUCAGCUUCUGCCACCACAGGAGGUGGUGGAAACCAGCAGGACAGCUCCCCCCCACGCCACGAGGCCUCCUCCUCCUCCUCUGAAACCGAAACCUUCCGCUACAUCACAGCCUCUGGUGCCUCAAAGACCCGCCCCCGCUCCACCUGUUUAACCAGUCAGGAGGCCCUGACACCCCUCCUCCUUUUCCUCUUCUUUAUCUUCAAACUCAGUCUCCACCCACUCAGUGCUGAUUAACUGGCAACAGCUAAAAAACGAUUCUGGAGCCAGAAUGGCCCGGGGCCGAACUACGAACUGGAUCGCUACACCAGGAAACUGGACCCAGUCAGACUGGACUGGGAAUUCUCCAGAACAAACAGCAACGCACUGCGACUGACCUGAAGCAGCUAUAGUCUUUCUUUCUUUCUUACAAGUGCAGCUGGGAGACAAAACCCUACUCCCAUCAGGCGACACAUUGUCUGCUCUGUGAUCAAACCAGCCAAUCAAAUCUCCAGAACGAGUACCUGUGACGUAGCCGAGCCAAAAACCAGAUGAACUUAUCAGUACCCAACCAAAAAUUUAUUCAGCAGCAUCAACCGUUUGUAUCCCUGUUGUUAAGCGUUAUUUAGCACGUUGACUGGCUAAUUAACAUUCGCUAGCUAACAGAAGAUACAAGAUCAUAGCAAAUGCUAGUUAGCUGCAGUGUUUCCUUAAUGUCAAACUGUUGCUAGCAUUACUGAGUAUCCACUGUGUAGUUAGUUAGCCAGUUUGUUAACUUAUGUUUAAUUUCAAAAGUUAUAAACAUGCUAAUGCCAUUUGGCCUUA